AUGAAGAAGUCCAAAUGUCUAUUUGCUCCAAACGCCUUGUUGAAGUUUUGUGCCUGCAGCACGGAGUCUGUGCCGACCAGGGCUUCGCCGACCAUGAUGAUUUUGUCUGGGUUGGCCGCCUUGGCGAAAGACGCCAACGGAGCCAUCAAUUGCGUGUCGUUGUGUCUUCUUCCGGCGGUGUCCAACAACACGAUGUCGAAGUUGUUUUGCUUUGCGUAUUUGAUUGCUCCCGUUGCGAUUUUGGCCACCAAAUCUGCUCCACCGUAUCCUCCUUCAAAUAGCUCGAUCUGCUGCUUAUCCUGGGAUAGCUUGGUGAGGUUAUUAACAUGGGUGCGCAAUUGCUCCACAGCACCGGAUCUGAACGUGUCGCACGCGGUGAUCAGCACACGCGAGUUGGCCACAUCGGGGGCCACGUUUUUCUUGAUGAGAUGCGUGGACAAUGCCGAUUUCACCUUCUUGACGUCUUCCUUGGUGAUCUUCUUGCCGCCAAUAAGGUUUCUGAGGAACCCGAACGGUUGUGAGUUGGCUUCCUGGGCCUUUGGCGUUGGUUGCAAUGACAAUAUUCUGUCCAUUUCCUGCGACAGAUCGUUCACCAGAAACUCGCCGGUCUUUGUUUUCGUUCCGAACUGGCUGGCGUCGCCUACCAGCUGUUCCAAGUUGGCCGAUCCUUGA